GUAAUGUCGAGCAGCACGAAAACGUUGUCUCAAACUUACGGACCACGUCCUCAGAGCUUCAGUCUAGAUGAAGCCGGAGAAAGAUACUACAUCGGUUCUGAAAUAGGUGCCUAUCUUCGUCUCCAUCGUGGAACUCUCUACAAGAAGUAUCCAUUAUUAUGGAGAAAAGUUGCAACUUCGGAUGACAAAGACAAGCUGAAGCAAAUUGCAAUGUCAAAUGCUUUUUUGCAUACUAAUAUCAUGCUGCUGAGAGCGCAUGAAGUAGAUGAGCUUCUCGAUGGUUCCGAAGAAAAGUACCGAGCGGCUGGAGCAGCGCCUUCAACUCCAAGAACUGAAGGAGCUUCUAGAACUGUCGCUAAAACUCCUGCAACUGGAUGGGCAGGACAACAAGUCACCAGCGGUUCACAUCAUCUCGAAUCCGUUCCAUGUUCUUGUCCGAUAGCUCAUUCUAGAGGAAGAAUGAAGCAUCGUGAAUUAGUAUAUUCAGCAGAAGAUUUAGAAAUGUCGAAACGAGUGAUGAAAAAUGCUGAGGAAGGAGAAGAUCUUGUGCCAAUUCGAUUGGAUAUGGAGUUGGAUGGAAUCAAACUUCGCGAUACGUUCACUUUCAAUAAAAACGAGAAAAUGAUCACUCCCGAGAUGAUUGCCGAAAUUAUGUGUGAAGAUCUUGAUCUACCAUUGGCAGUUUUCCAGCCUGCUAUUACUGCAGCAAUUAAUCAGCAGCUCGAAGCUUCUACAGAAGCGCCACCAUUGGAUGUGAACAUUUGUGAUCAGAGAGCCGUUCUCAAGUUGAAUAUUAAUGUUGGAAACCAGAGUUUGGUUGAUCAAUUCGAGUGGGAUAUGUCGGAUCCUAAUAACAGCCCGGAAGAGUUUUCACGAAACAUCUGCAAAGAGCUUGGCCUCGGUGGUGAAUUUAUGUCAGGAAUUGCAUAUUCAAUUCGCGGACAGUUACAAUGGAAUCAAAGAACAUAUGCGUUUUCAGAAAGCCCACUGGCCACUGUUGAUUGCCCGUUCAGAACAUCAUCUGAAGUCGAAUCUUGGGGUCCAUUCCUCGAAACUUUAACCGACGCUGAAAUCGAAAAGAAGAUGCGUGAUCAAGACAGAAACACGAGAAGAAUGCGUCGUCUUGUUGGCGGUGGAUUCAACUAUUGAAGUAUCUACUGAUCUCUACGAAAUCAACCUGUAUUUAACGAAUUUUAACCAUUUUAUCUCAAUAUUUUUAAUGUGCACUUUCUUUUAAUUUAUUCUUUCCUCGAUCUUUUCUCUACAUUUUCUCGUGUAAACUGCUCUUUCCAAUAGGAACUUGUGGCGGUUUUCAAACUGAAUGAUCUAACUGAAAAUAUAAAUAAAUAAAAUUUCAG